AUGGGUCAUCCAUCAAUCUCAUCGAAUCAUGUCGGUGCUACCCUGGCCAGUGGUGAAGAUGAGCUCAAAAAGCGCACCAAUGGCAUAACAAGUGGCAAUAGCGAAACAAAUACAGUCUCCAAUGGCUGCAUAAUUGAUGGCGAGCAGCCUCCGCCGUCUAAUCCACUCAAGAAAAUCGGCCUCUAUGAGCCUGUUUAUCACGUCAACCUGGAGGAAUACACACGCAUCUUCAAGGGCGAUAAAGUCUUUGGCAUAUCGUUCAAAGCGCCUCUCAAAUGGGAUAAAGUCAUACAGAUCUUUUUGGUGCACAUAGUGAGCCUUGUGUGUUUGGUCACAUAUCCAAUGGAAAGAAUAAAUCUAUACACGACAUUGUGGGCUUUCUUUAUGGGUGGUGUUGCUGGUUUUGGCGUAACUGCUGGUGCUCAUCGCUUCUGGACCCAUCGCUCGUACAAGGCCAAUGUGCCAUUGCGUAGUAUAUUGAUGAUUUGCUUCUCUGUUGCCGGACAGAACACUCUGUAUGAUUGGGUACGCGACCAUCGCGUGCACCACAAAUACUCCGAAACUGAUGCCGAUCCACACAACUCGAAUCGUGGUUUCUUUUUUGCUCAUGUCGGCUGGCUGAUGAUGCUGAAGCAUCCCGAAGUUUUACGCCGCGGUCGGCAAUUGGAUAUGAGUGAUGUGAUGAACGACCCCGUUGUUCAGUUCCAUCAAAAGUACUUCAUUCCUUUGAAAAUCAUGCUUUGCUUUGUGCUGCCCACCAUGGUGCCAAUUUACUUUUGGGGCGAGGAGUUCUACCUAGCCUUCAUUACACAAUGUCUCUUCCGUUACGUCUGCAGCUUGAACUUCACAUGGUCGGUCAAUAGCGCCGCCCACAUGUAUGGCACGCGUCCCUAUGACAAUCGUAUCAGACCAACCGAAAAUAUCUAUGUCUCCAUCAUCGCCAUGGGAGAAGGCUGGCACAACUAUCAUCAUGUCUUCCCUUGGGACUACAAAGCAGCUGAGCUUGGCAACUACCUGGGCAACUUUACCACAAUGCUGUUGGAUACAUUCCAUCGCAUCGGCUGGGCUUGGGAUAUGAAGGAACCGUCGAAAGAUUUGGUGCGUCGCGUUAUUGAGAAAUAUGGCGAUGGCACACAUCCAUCGAAUGAGAAGACAGCCGAAACUCCAUCAGUGGGCCAUUUCCAUUACUCGGAGGUGCCCGAUCCAGAAUUCGAGGCUUCCGAUGCGGAAUCUAGCAGCACGGAGAGCACCAAACUGGACGAGAAUGAGAACUUGAAUAAGAAGGUGCAAACGUAGAAUCGAAUAAAUGGUUGCCACUUUGACAGGGUGACUAUCAACUUGGGUUAAGUGAGCGGGAGACGUCGGAGCUCAUAAAAAUUUGGACGUGUGGCUGUUUAUUUUUCUUGUAAUGCGUAACUAAAGGGGCGAUUAAUUAGUACUGGGUGUAUUGUCAACAUACAUAUACGUAUAUAUAAGUUUAAAGAAUAUAUAAUAUAUAUUUACUAAACUUUAGUCAUACCUGGAUCAAAGUUGAAUAAUUAUUAACUAUAAUUGCGGUGAGCGGACUUCUGAAUAUAGGACACUUCAAAUCACAUAAAAAUGAGUGUGUUGAUGUCUGCUAAUAAAUAAAGGAAAAAGUAGGAUUAAGUAAAAAUGUGGAUUAUCAAAUUUCGCAAGAAUGAAAGAAUGUAGUGACAGCAGAUAAAAACUUUAACUUUCAAAAAAAAAAAAAACUUUGUUUACUGUUUUGAAACAACACAAAAUGGGAUAAUUGUGCAACAAGUUAUUUACAAUUAGUACAUAAUUUAAGUCAGCAGUCUCAAUUUAAAGUCGUCUAAUAAUAUUAAAUAUAAUUGUAAUAAGUGUCUUUGUCCUGGGACCAAUUAUUAUGUAAAAGUGCAAACAAAAAUAAAAGUAAUAAA